AUGGUGGACUCCCCGGGAACGGCGCAGGCGGAAUCCGCGCCGGAAGCGUCCCAAACAAUGACGCCCUCAACCACCACUGCGAGUGAAGCGCUCCCACCGCCGCGCCAGAUCUCCAAGCGAUCUUCUCUCCCUCCUCGUCCUCACGGUGCCGCCCGCCAUACGAAGCGUCUGACCUUGAAUUUCCCCAUCAACAUCCCCCAAACAGCUAUUGAUCCCAGCGCAGCCUCAUCUCCGUCCGGAUCGAUGACACCAGCCACACGAUCGUCCGCGCGCCAGUCUCCCGUUCACACCAUCUCCACGCCGCCGUUCGACGGUCAAGAUGAUGGCACAAGCUUGCUGACCGCCAUUGCGUCUCAGGAGCGAAGGGUGUUGGAGCUUCGCGAGGAACUACACCGGGCGGAAGCGGAGCUGGACUCGUUGAAGAGACAAUGGGCAUCGUCGGAGAAAACUAGGAAACGGACAGAAGUCAACCAUCGUGCGGAGGUUAUGCAGCCUCUCAAGUCGCCUGAUCGAGUUGCUGGAACUGGUCACAGCAGAGAGCAGAGUGUCAGCGGUGUUGCAAGUCCUGUUCCGACCCAGGUUCGCCUUAGUCGGGAGCUGGAGCGCCGCCAAAGUGUGCUCGCAGCUGCAGCUUCAGCUGGAACUUCCGUCUCGGCGAAUGGCCGGCGAGUGUUUCAAGGGUCUCACACGCGGGCGCUAUCUUUGCUCUCACCUUCCAUUAGCUCUGCUGCGAGCAGCAAGCAGUCCGGAUCUGAGUCCGGCUUUGUGCAGGACAACGAUCGUGUAGGCCGGCCCCCACGAUCGGCCACCAUGCCGUCUGUCGACCGUGCUGUCGACCGUGCUGUCGGUCGUACUCCAACCUCUGCCGCUGUAGCGCCCACCGAGGAUAUGAUAACUCAGUGGCGUAAGACGAUGCCAAUGCCACCUGCUUCUCGGGAUCUCCUCAUGCGCACAGGCAAGCAGAUGGCGACGGACUUGAAAGAAGGGCUUUGGACGUUCUUGGAAGACAUCAGACAAGCAACCGUCGGAGACGAAGGAAUCAACGCCACGGAAUCGCGAACCAUGCAACAGCCCCGCAAUCGCGACUCGAGCUCAACCUCGCGCAGCCGAGACCGGUUAUCCGUACAAGCAGGCAACCCCUCGCGAUCGCCGUCCUCAGGAAAGAGGAGUCCGGGGACCAAAACAAGUGGUAAUAGCUCCAAUUCGGCGGACAUAGACGCCUCGUUCUGGAGUGAAUUCGGCAUUGAUUCAUCUGCCCAGAAGUCCCCAAACGCUCUCAAAACUCCGCAAACCCCGCGCGAUCCGAACAGUCACAAGCGCGCAGAUCCCAACACGCUCGACGUGGACGAAACCUGGGAUGACUGGGAUACACCGCAACCGAAGAAAACGCACACGCCAUCCUCGAGCCGCUCUACUAUCGAGUCGCGGCAAGACCAGUCACCGGUUACUCAGACGAGCAGUCCCCGUACUAGCACUAGCUUCGGCGACUGGCGCCACGACAUCCCCGACCCCAGCGUCGCAGACGGCAUCCCCUGGCCCGCUCUCACCCAAGCCGCGCCCUCGAAACUCACUCGGACAGCCUCAAACCUCAUGGCCGAAUGGGAGCGCAGCCUUUCCCCGUCGCCGGUAGCUUCUCCGUCUCUCGGCAAGGACAGCAAAAAAGAUUGA